AUGUCGACUCCCAAUUCGACCUUGCGACAGCGGGGCCCAAAAGACAAGAACAAGCCUGCUUCCAAUGGAGAUAAGGAUGUCGAGGUUUUGAACGAAGCACUCAACAGCGUGCAGAAGAGCGUGUCAAAAGAAUGGGACUAUAAGAUAGCGCUAGCUAUAGUCACUGCCCUCGCAUUCGCAACACGGUUCUUCGGGAUCAGCCAUCCGAACGAGGUUGUUUUUGACGAAGUGCACUUUGGAAAGUUCGCAUCCUACUAUCUACAGCGCACCUACUUCUUCGACGUCCACCCUCCCUUUGGAAAGCUCCUCUUUGCCUUUGUGGGUUGGCUUGUUGGAUAUGAUGGCCAUUUCCUUUUUGACAAUAUCGGCGAAUCCUACAUCGCCAACAAUGUCCCCUACCUGGCAUUCAGAGCCUUGCCUGCGUUUCUCGGAGCACUUACUGUGGUGGUGGUCUACAUGAUCAUGUGGGAGUCGGGAUACUCGCUGCCUGCGUGUGUUUUGGCUGCUGGUCUGAUCCUCUUCGACAAUUCUCAUGUGGGACAAACUCGCUUGAUCCUGCUGGACGCAACUUUGGUCUUCUUCGUCUCUCUCAGCAUUUAUUGCUACGUUCGGUUCUACAAGCAACGCCACGACCCUUUUGGCAGGAAGUGGUGGAAGUGGCUUCUGCUGUGCGGUUUCUGCAUGAGUUGCGUUAUUUCCACAAAAUACGUCGGAACCUUUACCUUCUUCACCAUCGGGUGCGCAGUGCUUAUCGACCUUUGGGACCUGCUAGAUAUCAAUCGGAAAGAAGGUGCCUUGGAUCUUUUCACCUUCGGCAAGCAUUUUGUGGCUCGCGCAUUGGGCUUGAUCAUCAUCCCUUUCUUCUUCUACCUAUUCUGGUUCCAAGUCCACUUUGCCAUUCUCUCCAGAUCCGGCCCCGGCGACGACUUCAUGACCCCAGAAUUCCAGGAAACGCUCAGCGACAAUCUGAUGCAUCAAGCGUCUAUUGACAUUCAAUAUUAUGACUAUAUCACUCUGCGCCACAAAGACACGAAAGUGUACCUGCACAGUCACCCGGAUCGGUAUCCCCUGAGAUAUGAUGACGGCCGAAUCUCGAGUCAAGGUCAACAAGUUACGGGUUAUCCUUUCAACGACACCAAUAACGAGUGGCAGAUCUUGCCCAAUGGUCAACAGCCUGAUUCCUCAAUGGCCGGAAAGCCAGUUUUGAACGGUGACAUUGUCAAGCUCCGUCACGUUGUGACCGAUACCAUACUUCUGACCCAUGACGUUGCAUCUCCUUAUUUCCCUACCAAUCAAGAAUUUACCACUGUCCCCCUGGAUGUAGCAGCCGGAGACCGCCAUAAUGACACUUUGUUCGAAAUCCGCAUGGAACAAGGCAAAAAAGGAUCUCCCUUCAAGACCAUGUCUGGCCAAUUCAAAUUGAUCCAUUACCCAACGAAAGUCGCCAUGUGGACGCACACUACCCCAUUACCCGACUGGGCCUUUAAACAAGCGGAAAUCAACGGGAAUAAAAACGCGCAACAAUCGUCUAAUAUCUGGUAUGUGGACGACAUUCCAAACCUUCCCGAGGAUUCACCACGCCGCGUAAAGGAAGUCAAGAAGACCAAGUCCCUGCCCUUCUACAGGAAAUACAUCGAAUUGCAGCGUGCGAUGUUUUACCACAACAACGCCCUAACGGCUUCUCACCCGUAUGCAACACAACCUUACCAGUGGCCCUUUUUGUUGAGAGGUGUCAGCUUUUGGACGCAAGACUCCACGAAGCAGCAGAUAUACUUCCUGGGAAAUCCUAUCGGCUAUUGGAUCGCGAGUGCCUUGUUGGCUGUCUUUGCCGGGAUUAUGGGCGCAGAUCAACUCAGUCUGAGGAGAGGAAUUGAUGCGCUUGAUCGUCGUACCCGCUCCCGUCUUUACAACUCAACCGGCUUCUUCUUCCUUUGCUGGGCCGCCCACUAUUUCCCCUUCUACCUUAUGGGCCGUCAACUGUUCCUACACCACUAUCUCCCUGCUCAUCUCGCCUCAUGCCUGGUGACAGGCGCCCUGAUCGAGUUCAUAUUCAAUGUCGACCCCGUCGUUGACGACGAAACCCAGCACGCCCUUCAACAGAAGAAAGACAAGGUCACCGGCAAGAUCCCGGAGAAGACGCGGAAACACUUCCAGACCGCUGCCGAGAGGCUCAGGGGCCAGAGCAUGGUGGGCACCUGGGUUGCCACGGCAGUCAUCCUGGCCGCUGUCCUGUACGGCUUCUACUUCUUCUUCCCACUAACGUACGGCUGGCCGGGCCUGACUCCUGCUCAAGUGAAUGCGCGCAAGUGGCUCGGCUACGACUUGCAUUUCGCAAAGUGA